CCUCUCCCCCUAAUGUUGCAGGCUUCUCUCUCUCCCACGAGCCGAGACGCUUCGGUGGAAACGCAGGGCCUUCGGUGACCCUGCCGUGCGCGUGCAAGUUCGUUGGAGCAUUGGGCGUAGAGGUUAUUUCCAGCGUUAGGAAAAGCCCUACACUGAAACUAGUCGUUCACCUCUUGGCCACACAAGCCGGCGAUCAGCCACGGAGGACUAGCCUGACAGCUGGUCUACGAGGGCUCUGCAUUUAGAGUUGCAUUUAGGGCUCCAGCCGCAUUUAGGGAAAUGCGCAGCAUUUCCGCGCAUGCACAGCCACACUCGUCAUUGUCACCGUUCCAGCAACGAGCGUCCUCCCCCCUCUGUAGUGCCACUCAACGUGACGCCUGCCAAUCACCUGUAGAAGAAGAGCCAGAGCAGACUCCACAUUGUUCUUAACUCGUGACUACUUCCGCUGCGUCGGCUGCGUCGGUUGCGUCGGUUGCGUCGACUGCGUCGGCUGCGUCGACUGCUUUGCUUUGCAAGGGUUUCGUCUCGCAGCCGCCCAGUGCCCUUGCAUUGCCCGCGCUCCGUCAGAACGAGGGAUCCGGGUGGGUGCAAGCUGGCCCGAUUAAAUAGAGAAGUCGUACAGACGAUCUCGUUACACGCGCGAGCUUAUUGGCCCGAGUGGUAACAGGCCUGCCGCUGGCAAGUCGAGCAGGUCGGGCAAGACUCGGCGUUGAGACGCCACGUGGCAAGCCACCUGCAUGCCGCGCACGGCCCGUCGCGCGCGUACCGUUACUCUAACCAUGGGGAGGAUAUGUUGACGCGUUAACUCGCUGGUAGAUGCACGAGAGACCCGUACUGACCGCCGUCCGCCUCCUAACCGAAGCGCCGGCUCGCAACGGGCGUCGCCACGGUGGAUGCGCCAGCAGAGGCCCCCUCGUUACUGGGGGCCUCGGUAGAAGAAGAUCGCGGCGAUCGCGGCGGCGGAGAUGCUGUAGCUCAGGCAAGCUCUUCGUCCAGUCGCAGUCCUGGUGCCACCCUGUCGCAGCUGGGUGUUCCACCGGGCUAUGCGACUUCUGGCGACACAGCCGCUGUCGCCUGCGCGAUCGGUGCGGUCGCGCAACCCGCCGAUUCAGGCAGAUUGUUGUCGCCAAGCCAAGGGAAACAGCUCGAGCAGGAGUCGUUGGUUGUCGCGGAGCCGUCGCCGGCAGAGGCACAGUCGCAGGGAGGUUAUCUAGCGAACGUUUCGUGCCACACUUCGGUGGAGGGGGCGGGGAAGGGGAAGGGGAAGGGGGAGGGGGAGGGGGAGGGAAAGGCGAUUGGGGAAGGGAAGGGGCAUGGGCACGGCGCGAGGGACGCGACGGUAGGCAAGGGGGAGGAGGAGAUAGUGGUGGUGGAAUCGGGGGUUGCGGACGGGGACGGGGGUGCGCAGCGUGCUCCUGGCGGCGGCGCGCACGGCGGAGAAGGCCAGGCGCGGGAGGCGGACCCUGUGACGAUGCCGGGGAAUGCGGCGCGAGGAGCGGAGGAUGCAGCGGGACUGGCUUGCGGAGCAGACUCCGAACCGUCCCAAGCGGAAGCUGUGGCGGAAGGAAGAGGGGACGGCGGAAGAGCGGAUGGGGGAAAGGCGGAGGAGAAAGGGGAGGGGGUGGACGUGGAAGCGGAAGAGGGAGUGGUGGAGUGGAAUGGGGAGCGGUUGGGGAAGAAGGUGCAGUGGCCUGACGAUAGAGGUCUCACGCUGGCUGAUGUGCGCGAGUUCGAACCCAGCGAGUCAAGCUGUGAGGAUGAGGAGAAUGACGACAGGGGACCAAGCCACGGUUGCAGCUGUGCCAUUCUCUAGGUUCUGCCCUACACCUCUGCCCUACACCUCUGCCCUAUACCUCUGCCCUACACCAGCUGUCCUUCCUCCUUCUACUCCCCCCCCCUCCACCCCCUCCCAUUUCCUCUUCCCUUCUCCCUCCCAAUCUUUCAGCGCCUUUACCCUUUCGCUUAUCCUUGCUGCCUCUUCACAUCACUCCAUGUCCCUAUUCCCCCCUCUCACAAGCACUGUCCCUCCAACAACCCCCCUCCCUCAGUCUCACUCUCUCUGGCACUCACUCUCGUUGUGCCUCCUCUCACUCCCCUGUCUGUUGUCUCCUCACUACACCUCCUCUCACUCUCAACUCAACACCUCAUAGACUUCCCCCAUAACGUCAUUAGGAUUUAGGCCACCGCCGAGCCGAUACAGCUUCCUAUAAGCUGCUGCAGUUCUAGCUCCGUUCACUAUCCUUGCAUCCAUGCACGCUGCCCCAACUGUUCAGUUACAGGAAGAGAAGUGCAUUUGCCUAGCGUAGGUAAUUCCUUUUUCUUUGUAACCGCAACAUCAAUGAUUUGUAGGAAGUGCAGGAGUAUGCAGGUUGGAAUACUGCUUGUAGACUGUUGGGCUGAGAAAAGCCCUUAGGAUCUUUUGCAGAGACUA